CGUCAUCACCUCCACCACCUGCGCCCUGCCGCCGCUAUGUCCGACCGCGACACCCUCCUCAGCAUGGGCUUCGCGCCGGCGUCGAUCGAGUGGGCGCUGCGUGCGACGCGCAACGCCGGGCUGCAGCCGGCGAUGGACCACCUGCUGGCACACGCCGGCGAGACGCCGCCCGCGGCCGGCGACGACGACGACGAGGAGCAGGAGGCGCUGGCGGACAUGCUCGGCAAGAAGGGCGCCGGCGCGCAGGAGGAGAUGAUCGUCGGCGCGGGCGAGGCCAAGUCCAUCAAGUGCCUCGAGUGCGGCAAGAUCCUCAAGUCCGCCGCGUUCGCCUCAUUCCACGCCGAAAAGAGCGGCCACACCAACUUCGAGGAGAGCACCGAGGAGGUCAAGCCGCUGACGGAGGAGGAGAAGCGCGCGCGCCUCGCUGAGAUGCGCGCGAAGCUCGAGCAGAAGCGCGCCCUGCAGGCCAAAGAGUCCGCCGAGGAGAGCAAAGCCAACGAGAAGAUCCGCCGCAAGGCCGGGCAGGACCUCGGCGAGCUGCGCGAGGAGAUGCAAAAGAAAGAUGGGGCGCCCGGGACCCGCUUCGACAUGGCAGACAUGGCGCUGGCGCUGGGCACGCCAAUGGCGUCGGGCACGCCGUCGCGCUCGGCGCUGGGCUCGGCUGCCGGCACGCCGUCGCGCUCGACGCCGUCUCCGGCACUGCCGCCGCUCGUCUCGUCCUCUGCACUGUCCUCCUCGGCACUGUCCCCCGCUGCGCCGUCCUCUGCCCUUUCGUCCGCACCAGGCCCAUCGAACACGCCGUCCGGCUUCGUGCUGCCCGCGCUGCACGCUUUCCCGCCGUUCUUCACGCCACAGCCCAACGCGGCGACGUGGGCGUCGCAGGCGGCGCACUGGUCGCGUCUCAUCCGCGCGUGGUGCGCGCACCACCGCGUGUGGCACCUCGACGCCGCCGGCAGCUGGGAGCGCGCCGGCGCCGACGGCCUGCUGCGGAGCACGCUCGCGGGGCGCUCGCUCAGCGAGGCUGCCACGCGGCGGGUGCUCGAGGUCAUGGUCAGCGAGGGCGACGCCGUCUGGGACCCGCCUCGCAAAACCCCUCCGCCGACGCGCGCCAUGAUCUACUGGCGCCGUCCCGAGGAGUGGGCCGAGCGCCUCGCGGCCUGGGUCGCACGCACGGGCCAGUCGCGCAGCAUCGUGACGUUCUUCGAGAUCCUCGAGGGCGACGAGGCGGACUUUGCGGGGAUGCCCGAGGCGCUGCUGCGCCGUGCGCUCGACGUGCUCGUGCGCGCAGGCAAGGCGCAGGUGUUCGGCGGCGCAGACGGGGAGGGUGUCAAGUUCGUCUGAGCGCAGCACGAGGUGCUGGCGGGCAGAGGAGAAGGCGGGCAGGGCGAGCGCUCGCGGCGGAGGCACCCAUCUCACCAUCCACUCCUCAGAGGCGAUCAAGGAGGCCGAGAAGCGCAAGGCCGAGGCCAAGGCAGACGCCGAGGCGAAGCGCCGCGUGCGCGAGCAGAUCGAGGCCGACAAGCGCGAGCGCGCUGCCCGCACUGCGCGCGAAAAGGCCCUGCGCGACG